ACCUUUGGCCAGUGGUUGCCCCUGUCACGUUUCACAUCCAGCUCCUUAGAUUCCCUUGCCGGAGCGCCAUGUUCUAUUGCUUCGAAGCGGGACAAAGGCUGUGCUCAGGAGCCUGCGAUGGAUGUGGGAACGCGUGUGAAUCCUGUGGCCGUGGUUGUGUGGACCUUUGCAAUCUUCUUGGGCGUGGCUGUGAGUCUUGCUGCCGUCCGAUUGCUCAAGUCACCAGCAGGCCGUUGGGCUGUUUCGUCAUCAUUGCUGCUAUAUUGAAUUGCCCUGCUGCUGCCUUGGCCUAUUCGACUUUGACAGAUCCCCAAGCACGAGAUUGCAAGGACGUCUCGACCUUCGCCUAUGGUGCCCUAGCGAUAGCAUUGAUCAACUUCAUAUUUUCCCUUUACUUGCAGUGGCGCCUGGAUGCAGCAAUUCGCUCCGGUCCACAGCAAGGUGCACGAGCUGUGCUCCAACAGGCAAACGGGAUUGUUCUCUAUGACUUUGGCUUCUGCAUUUACGUGUUCUUCUUCGUUGCUAGCAUCGUGUUUUGCUUUCUUGGCAUCGGGUGGUGGCAAAAUUGCCGCGUCAAAUCCUGGAAUGCUGUUUGGACGGCAGUACUGUUACUUCUGUUCGCCUUUUGGACAAUGAUCUUCGCAUGCUGCUGGGGUGGCUUUGUUGGCAAGAUUCAAGGGAAAGCACAGUGAAAAACACCUUUUGGAGCGAGACACAAAAGCUUGAUAUAACAUCACUCUUGCGAUUGUUGCUAGGAGCAAGAAGCUACUAGGGGCUCCUGGCAUCGCUACUAGGAGCAAGGACGCUACUAGGGGCUCCUGGCCAUACUACUAGGAACAAGAAGCUACUAGUAGCUAGAAGCUAUUACCCAGGAAUCUCCGUUGGCUGCUGGGGUGCCCUCGAGUCCUUGGGUGUAUCGUCCUCGCUUGCUAGCCUCUUCUUUGGUGUGGCGAGGGAACCUCCGGCUUUCGUUCCACCACCGGUAGACUACCGGCAGGGCCCAGCUAUGCAGCCUCAGCCCUCCCCUCCAGGUGGUGCAACUGCCUCGCAGGCAUUGUACGCAGCUGGUCAGUGAGGUGGUGGAAGUUGACAGGAUGUGACAGCAAAAGCGUGCUCGGUGAGAGCUCAG